AGGCUCAUCCGCGGAUGCACGGACUUGAAGGAAGGGGAAGGCGCCUUGUUAUAUAAGGGUCACGAAGAGAAGGCGUAAGAGUACUCUGGGACUAGGCCUACUUGAGUUCCCCGGUGGGUAUUGUCUUGUGAAGAGACCAACAACAACAACAACAACAAUAAUAAAAAAAUGAAUUGGACUUGGAACAUGCAACUGUUGUAUCACUUUUAUGCUACGGUACCUAGGCUGCUGUAGUACUACUGCCGAGCUUGUAGUUUCAUGUCUGUUUCAGACUAGUCUUGUGCGUGUGCAACAAAGGACAUGGAGACGAGUAGCCGCCACUGCUCGGAACAACUCAUCCAUGAUCUGUCCAACCCUGCCGCCGCCGGCUUGUGCCCGGAGAUGCUGGAGGUCGCCGAGGAGGCCUGGCGAGCCGGAGAUUUCAACCUGGCGGCCGAAAUCUACGCCUCGCAGCUGGCCGGUCUCCCGCAGCCCGACCGGGGCUUGUGCCUGCGGAAGGGAGAUGCCCUGGGCCGGGCCGGGCGCAUCUCCGAAGCCCUGGACUCGUACUGCACGGCGGCUCGCCUCGGCCGGCUGCGAGCGGAGGAGCUGCGGCUCCUGGUGGAGAGCAUCGCCCAGACCCUCCGGGACAAGGAGCUGUCCGGCUUGGAGCGGAAGAAGAGCGAGGCGGCUGACCGACCCGGGGCGAAACCGGGCGGGGACGGGAGCCCGCAGGGCGGCGGCGGCGACCCGGCCGAGGAAGAGGGGCCGCCGGACUUGUUCUCCUGUCGGCUUUGCAAGCGCUUGCUGUCCGAGCCCACCACGCUGCAGUGCGGACACACUUUCUGCAAGCCGUGCCUGGAGGACGGCGCGGUCACCGAGUGCCUGGUCUGUGCGUACAAGCUGGAUAAAAGGCACGGGCAGCUCUUCCCCCUCGGCUUCAAGGUGAACGUCAUCCUCGGCGGCUUGCUGGACAAGUGGUUCGCCGCCGAGAGCAGAGCCCGGAGGCUGUGGCUGGAAGGAGACAGCCUGUGGAAGACAAGGGACCUGGAGACCGCGUUGGAGAAGUACGACAGAGCAGCAGAGCUGGCUCCUUUUGACUACAUGUUGUUGGGGCAGCGAGCUGAACUCCAUAUGGAAAUGAAAAACUAUAACCAGGCCAUUCAAGAUGGGGACAGCACAUGCAGGCUGAGACCACUCUGGCCCAAGGCCCACUUCCUGAAGGCAGCAGCUCUGGCCAAGGCUGGGAGGACAGAGGAGGCCUUGCAGGAGUAUUUCUUCUGUGUCGCACUGAGACCCGACUGGAGUUCAGCCAAACUAGAAGCGCAAAAGAUCCUGAGCGAAUUGUUUUCCUCGGUCUUCGAGAACAGCAGCCUGCCCGCACCGCUGUCUGCCUGCCCCAAGCCCUCUGUCCUCAGCUCCCCGGGCGCCCCCACGGCAGGGGACGGCCCGCGGCCGGGCUCCUCCCAGGACCCGGUGUUGAAAGUAGCCAGGAAUCCGCCUGGAGAGAGCGGAGCGCCCUCCGGUGUCGGUCCUAUGAAGUUACCUCAGUCUUUGUCGAAACUUGAAUUCCCCUGUGAGGACAGAAAGACCCUGACGCCUGUGCUUUCAAGUCUUCCUGGUCCCGUCCUCAAGAGAAAAAGCCCCAGUGACUUGGCCAGCUAUGGUCCUCCCAGCAAACUGCUUAGACAAGGUGGGGACUGUUUACCUCAGAAACCCACAGCUCCUAAUGGACGGAGGGAAGUUCCUACUCAGCUUGUUGACAGCUCAGACAUGGAAUGCUCUCUCUGCAUGAGGCUGUUUUAUGAGCCAGUCACCACUCCCUGCGGGCACACCUUCUGCCUCAGAUGUAUGGAGCGCUGCCUUGACCACAAUCCCAACUGCCCUCUGUGCAAAGAGAAUCUUUCGGAGUAUCUGGCUGCCAGAGCGUACAACAAGACCUGCCUGAUGGAAGAGGUCCUGGUCCGCUUCCUGUCGGAGGAGCUGGCCGAGCGGAAGAAGGUCCACGAGGAGGAGCUGAGGGAGCUGUCCAACUUGAAUAAGGAAGUGCCCAUCUUCGUGUGUACCAUGGCAUUUCCCACGAUCCCCUGCCCGCUGCACGUCUUCGAGCCGCGGUAUCGGCUCAUGAUCCGCAGGUCCAUGGAGACGGGCACCAGGCAGUUCGGGAUGUGCAUCGCCGACGAGCUUAAAGGGUUUGCGGACUACGGCUGUAUGCUGGAGGUCAGAGACGUCAAGUUCUUUCCGGAUGGCCGAUCAGUAGUGGACACCAUUGGUGUGUCCCGUUUUAAAGUUUUAAGCCACGGGCAGAGAGAUGGCUAUAAUACUGCUAAAAUAGAAUACCUAGAGGACAAGAAGGCGGAGGGAGAGGAAUAUGUCGAACUGGUGCGUAUCCAUGACUCUGUGUACGAUCAGGCCGUGGCCUGGUUUACAUCUCUCCGAGACAACAUGAAGAAUCAGAUUCUCAGCCACUUUGGAUCCAUGCCUGGAAAAGAAUCGGAUCCUCAGGCCAGUCCCAGCGGACCCGCCUGGUGCUGGUGGCUCCUGGCCGUCCUUCCCCUGGAGAACCGAGCUCAGCUCACAAUCCUGGCCAUGACGUCGCUCAAGGACCGCCUGAAUGCGAUCCGACGCGUGCUCAUAUUCGUCACCCGCAAAAGAGCUCGAUGACGGCCGUGGGUCCUCAGGGCUUUUCCGUUUUCUCGGCGUGGAAGUUUCUUUCAUUUUGAAAAUCCCAAGUGAGCGCUCGCCCCCUGAAGUACAGACAAGUAAGGCUCGUAUGUGAUAAUCAGUGCUGGGGAUGCCCCCUCCAGUAACAUCUGUUUUUUUUUUUUUGUGCCAAAUGAGCAUUAAGAAAUUCUGAAAACCAUCACGGAAACGCUCUGAUUUUCCCUGAAACCCCACGGCCUUUCCUGCUGCACUGGAGUGGAAGUUCGCAGAAGUCUGUAGCACAAAAGGCUCUCAUCGUGGCCCUGAGCUUGGGAUGCGAGCUACUGUUACUCAGUAUCUUUAUUUUAACAUUCGUAUUUCAGACUGUGCCUGUUUACCCUGACAUAUAUGAGCCAUUCUGCUGGAAUUUGUUUCACAAGAAGCGAUUGCUGCAUUGUCUGGGCUGGGGCGGGGGGGUUCUUGGAAUUGUAUUCUGGCUGGCCGAAGCACAAAAAAUGCCUCUGGGUGACUUAACUAGGAAUCGCCAGGUGUGGUUUAUUCGUUUGUCUGCAUUGCAAAUUUAUCAAAUGUAUUCAUCAUGUUGAAUGCUGAAAUGCGGGUGUCCUUUGCUUGUCAUUUGCACCUAUACUCACUCUCUGAUUUACGAACACCCAGCUGCUGUAUUGAAGCAUUUAUUUUCAUACCUGUUCUUCGCAGUUAUGAAGACAUUUUUGCUGCAACAAAAUCCUGGCUUUCAUAUCCGAAUGGAAGAUGCUAUCCUCGUGGUCAUGUGGGUGGUCACUGUUCCUAGAAUAUUUGCAUUUACCUUGAUAACUACUGUACUGGGUUAGUUAACCAUUAUAAUGAAGCAAUAGCUUUCUCACUUUGACUUUCUUGGUGCUCUGUUAGAAUAAAAAUAAUAGUAUGAUUUUCUUGACCUUCCAAGCAAAUCUGAAGGUUUUCCAUGCAUUGUGUGCUGUGGGAGUUUUAUUUUCGGCUUACAAAAUUUAAUUUGUGAAACGUUUCUGAGGAGAGUGCUGCAUUCAUAAAUUCGGGGAUGGGAGUACAUCAAACAUCCUUCAUCCUAUUGUGCACCUUCUAACAAAUUAGGUACUACAGAUGGAUACAUGAUCAGUGGUUUACAAAAGCUGUUUGAUUUGUCUCUUGACUGUGCUGUUAUGCAGACUUUGAGAUCAUGACCUUUUCACCUUCAAAGGGUUGCUAGAAGAGGGAGAUGUAAUUUAAGAAUGAGCUUCAUUUUAUUUAUACACUGGUAACUGCGCCUGGUGACCCACACACCUGCCGGUUUUCAUGCCAGCCCGCCUUCAUUAGGGAACCGAAGCCUUACUUGAUCUAAGAAGUUGCUGCAUUGAAAUAUUUGCGUUGUCUCUAGUCGCAUGACUGGGAUUUUAUUUCACUUAGAAGAUACAAUGGCGAAAGCUCUAAGGAGUUCAAGAGCUGGGAACAAAAGGUUCACAUUUAUCUUGAUGUUAUCAAGUCAGUGAGGGUGUAACUGAGGGCUCCGCUGGAACACGCCCCCCCAGGUGUGUGAGUCGCCAGGACUGGGGACUGCUGGGCUAACAGUAAAAUGGAUUAAUCUGGCCCGUUCGGAACUAAACAGUAUGAAUUACAGCUGAAAAUAUUGUAUCCUGUUUUAUAGGUCUGCAAAAUGUUUUAAUUACACAGGAUAUAAAGCUUUUUGGGAAAAAAAGUAAGUUGAUGUACGAUUUUUCGUUAAAGAAGGGGAAAAUGUUGUUCAUAAAGACACCUCUUCAUCAGCUUGCCAAAGAGGUUAUAGUUCGGUAAAUUUCAUCCUGCUUAUUCGUUUCCUUUAAACAAAGGGCUGUGGCAUGUAUUUCAGGUACAUGAAGGAGGAAUUGCACCUUGAUAAUGAUAUUUCAUGACUGUCGUUGCCAUUCACAGGGCCGUGGUUGGUCUGUUCGUGCUCCAGUUGAAGCUUUUCCAAAAAACAUGGGAGGGAAACAAACUCCAGAAACCUUGAGCUCAGAUGCCCCCAUGUUGAAAUUGUACUUCCGUUUUAAGUGUGCAGGGUAUAACAAGCUUAGGUUUGUGAAGUUUGGUUUUCAAGAAGUUGGAUCUAAAUGAAACUGUUGUUUAACUUACGGACGCUGCUGAAACGCACUAGUGAAAUAAAAGGUGGAGAAGGAUGAACUCGGGAAUGAAAAGGAGUUUCUUGAGGAUGAAUUGCACAUUCGUUCGCCUGUAUGUUUUCACUCCGAGGUGAAAGAGAGGAGCUGCCUUAAAAUACCGGGAUCUGACCUUGUGAAAUGCACUGUACCUUAUGUACCGCUCGGCAAGUGGUAGCAUUGUAGAUCUUUGUAAAAGUGACUUGAGAUUACAGAUUGAACAUGCACUGUGUCUGGCCAAAGUAAAGAAUGUUACUGUCUAAUCUGGAAUACGUCACGCAAUGUGUGUGUUGUUUAGUAUUUUAACUUUGCAAAAUGUUUUGAGACAUUAAAGGGUCUAAUUCAAUUCCUGUGAAGCGAUCCAGGCUUCAGUCUCAAUUUACUAUACUUUUUAAAGGGGGCUGGGUGGUGGAUUGAACUAGUAUUAAUUUGUAUGUUGUAACUGACUUAAUGUGAAUGGUGUUACUGUAUGAUUUUGUUAGCUUCAGUGACUCAUAAAAAAAAAAAAUCAAUGUACAAUUGAGGCCUUUUAAAUGUUUCCUGUAAGACUUUUUCUACCUUCAGUUGACUCUUUUCUCAGUAUUUGUUCAUGUGUGAAUCAUCCACUGUUAGCCUUUCAUUUCUUGUCUAGUGUUAUCACAGAAAUGCUGCAUUUAUCACCUACUGUAUAUUUGUAUGAUAAAAGAUAAGGUAUAUUUAAAUGAUGUUGUAUUUGAAAUAAAAGAUGCAAAAGA